GCCAGACAUAAAGAACGUUUUAGUUGCUCCGUAUUUUCUUCAUCGCUAAUUAUCAAAAGUAAAAAGAACUUCUAGUAAGAUUAUAUUCUUACUGGUAUUUCAAUUCCCAAUUUUCACAUCUUCUUCUAUAGCUGCUAACUAGCUCCUCCACCUCCUUGACAAUAUGAUCAUGAGACUAUUAUUGUUUUUGCUCCAACCCUUCUUCUUCUUUGUGGCGGCGAAUUCUUCAACCGCCACGACAGAUGACAGUAUUGUUGCAGGAGCGGCGGCGGUGGCGAUGAAGUCACAGAAUCACACCGGAAUCUCGGAGUUCCGGUUACUGAACAGAAAACGUCUGCUGGAGUGCAAGGACCCCAACCGUUACCUUAAACUGUGGGUAGAACUCUCCAAUGACAAUACAAAUCCCAACCAGCAGCGGAAGCUUUCUGAUGAAGAAACAGUUACAGUUCAUGUUGAUGGAGUGAUGAUUCCCUCUUCAACCGACUGGGUUGCCCUUAUUUCUCCUUCCCAUUCUGAAGUUUCAGAUUGUCCCUGGAAUUGGCUCAAGUACAAAGAGACCGGAGAUUUUAGCAAACUUCCUUUGCUUUGCCACUAUCCUGUAAAGGCACAAUAUGUGAGUAGUGAUCCAAAUUACCUAAGCCGCAACAACAACAACAAGGAUUGCCAUAAUUGGAUUUUCAAAAAAUGUUUGCUUUGGACUUACAAUGCCACACUACAAUUCCAUGUAAUCAAUAUCAGAACAGAAAUCCAAUUUGUAUUGUUUACUGGUGGAUUUAAGACCCCAUGCAUCCUGAAGAGAUCUGAUGCAUUCUCCUUCUCCAACCCAAAUAGCCCUUUGUAUCCUCACCUUUCCAGCAUCGAUUCAAGCGCAACCUCGAUGAGAGUGACGUGGGUAAGUGGGGAUAAAAGUCCUCAACAACUUCGCUAUGGUAAUGGAAUAGCACAAACAUCUCUAGUUACCACCUUUACUCAAAACCAGAUGUGCGGUCUUGCCAAUACAACUCCAGCUGUGUCCUUUGGAUGGCAUGAUCCAGGAUAUGUUCAUUCAGCUGUCAUGACAGGCCUACGUCCUUUAACCACAUAUAACUAUACGCACGGAAGUGAUUCAUGUGGUUGGAGUAAAAGUAGCACAUUCAGAACCCCUCCUGCUCGAGGAUCAAAUGAGGUCAAAUUUUUAGCAUUUGGUGAUAUGGGCAAAACUCCUCUUGAUAAAUCUAUAGAACACUACGCCCAGCCAGGAUCCUUGUUAGUGGUAGAAGCCAUGGCACGGGAGGUACUGUCGGGGAAUAUAGACUCCAUAUUCCACAUUGGUGACAUAAGCUAUGCCACGGGGUUCUUAGUGGAGUGGGACUACUUUCUGCACCUCAUCACUCCAGUUGCUUCACGCAUUUCUUAUAUGACUGCAAUUGGGAACCAUGAGAGAGGUUCUAGAGACAAAAGAUCGGUUUAUAAAAAUCUAGAUUCGGGCGGGGAAUGCGGAAUACCUUAUGAGACAUAUUUUCCCAUGCCAACAUCAGAAAAGGAUAAGCCCUGGUAUUCCAUAGAGCAAGGACCCGUUCACUUCACUGUCAUUUCCACAGAGCACAAUUGGGCCCAAAGUUCAGAGCAGUAUGAAUGGAUGGAGAAGGACAUGGGUGCCAUAGAUCGAGCAAGAACACCUUGGUUAAUAUUUAUGGGGCACCGUCCCAUGUAUUCCUCCACCGUAUCAUCGUUGGGCAGUAACGUAGAUACAGAAUUUGUCAAUGCAAUAGAGCCACUGCUGUUACGCUACAUGGUUGAUCUGGCAUUGUGGGGUCAUGUUCAUAACUAUGAGAGGGUGUGUCCUAUUUAUGAUAAUCAAUGCAAAUCAAGUCCUGAAUUUGCAAACGGAACAUACACUUAUUAUAACGCAAAUUACACUGCACCAAUUCAUGUGGUUAUCGGAAUGGCUGGCUUUACAUUGGACCCCUCCCCUACCACUGCUGCUAAUUGGAGCUUGGUAAGAAUGUCUGAAUAUGGAUAUGCAAGACUGCAUGCAACAAGAGAAGAUCUGAAAUUUGAGUACGUCGAUGCAACAGGAUAUGUGAGAGACAGCUUCCGAGUCACCAAAACCAUGAGAAAAUAGACAGAUAGCAUCUCAACUAAAUAUAUUGUAAACU